AUGGUCCGAUUAACCAAUACUCCCAUCAUUGUGGACGAGUUUAAAUACAUUCCUGGAUGUUUUAUUUAUUUAUUGACUCACCUUCAUACAGACCAUACAGGUGGUCUUACUCCGAGUUGGAAUAACGGAAUUAUAUUUUGCAGUGAAAUUACAAAACGAAUGUUGUUGAAAAAGUUUCAAUUACAAGAACCCGAAAGAGUGAUUGCUUUGGAAGAGGGACUCACAUAUUACAUUCCUCUUGUGCCUCCGAAUCCACUGCAGGAUCAUCAUCAAACAGCACACGAUCAUGACGAUCAUGCAUCAUCAUCAUCGGAUCCAUCAUUGGGUUUUCGUUCUGGCAUCACAUCAACAAGCAACAAUAUUCAUAGUGACAUUAAUGUGUGGAGGGAUCCUUCAUAUUGGGUCAAGAUUUCAAAUGCAUCCUCAGCAGCAACACCAACGAGACAGCAAUUGCCAUCAUCAUCUCAAUCUGAAGCUAGUACUACUUCGAAUGCAGCAAACAAUUCCGAUCAACAAUCCAAGCUAUCAUCUCAAAAUUCUGCCCACUCACUCUCACAAAAUAAUGUCACUACUAGUAGUAUCCAAAACAAGACCAUUCAAGCUUUCAAUUCGUAUGAUCGUGAUGCUUCCUACAUGCAAGUAAAUGUUGUAGAUGCUAAUCACUGUCUUGGAGGAAUUAUGUUUUUACUUGAGGGCUAUUUUGGAACUGUCCUUUUUACUGGAGAUUUUAGAUAUGACCCUAGAAUUUUACAAACUCCCUGUUUUACAGACAAGAAAAUUGAUCACUUGUAUUUGGAUGACACAUUUCUUGAUCCUGUCUAUGAUUUUCCGUCACGACAAGAGGCAGGUCAAGAAAUUAUUCAAAUCAUCAAAUCUCUUCCUGAGGACACUAGAAUUUUGAUAGCUGUAGAUCAUUUGGGAAAGGAAGAGUUGCUGAUUGCUCUCGCAAAAACUUUUGAAACUUUAAUCGUAGUUCCGGAAGAGCGAUUAGAACUGUUGGAAUGUAUGAAUGACAUUAUUCCUGUCCAGUUAUUCACUCACAAUCCUGAAAAAGGUCGUAUCAUUGUCAAGUCCAAGAAGGAAGUUAGUUUUAAUUCUAUCAUGUUCUACAGAAAAUCGUAUCCCAAAGUUGUGGGAAUCAUUCCAUCCGGAUGGUCCACGAAACAACUCAAAGAAGUCAAGCAUUCGGACUCACCAUUGAUUUAUCGAGUACCAUAUUCUCUUCACUCUUCGUAUAAGGAACUGAUAGAAUUUGUGACACAAGUCAAACCCAAGAUUGUAUAUAGUUCUUCUCGUGGUGACAAUGUAUCACUUCGUGACGAAGUCAAGCACUUGUGUGACAACGUUACACCAAUGAAGCAAGUGGUAAUACCUAGGUCAGUUCUCUCGCACAUGGAGAGAAGCACAAAUUUAAUCGACCAUCGCAAUAGUACGAGCGUCUCCUCAAAUGCUCAUUCCUUAGCGAGGCAAAAAAGUAUUGGAACCAAUCUCAUCACACCCAAUGGAAAAUUACUGACUCCAAACACUUCAGCUGCCGGACGUAAACGAAAGUCCUUUCCUCCUUCCCACAGAAAUCUACCCACCAAACUCUAUGCACUUCCAACUCAAACUCUUAAUCCAUUCUCAAACCUCCCAAGCUCUUCUUCUUCGAAAGGAACAAAAAACCAUGAUGGUGACGUGGUCGAUUUGACAGACUCCACACUUAAUAAUCAAAGUAUAGUGACAUCUCAUCAAGGGACGACAGUUUUCGAGAACACGCAAGAUUUGUUGACCAACAUGAUCUUUUCUACUAAUCACCCACCAAACAACAAAUUGACAGAUAAGAAUACGUCCAUUCUUUCAUUGGAGUCGUCAUUUUCUAAAUCGCCGUCGUCAUCGAAACGACAUUUUCCCUCUGCAACAUCCAUCUCAUCAUUGGAAGCUCUCAAUAUUUUGGACGAUUUGCAUUUUUCUCCCUUACGAAAAAACUCUACACACCAACCUCAAUCACCAGCUCAUCAUCGAGUUGUAGCUCAAUCAUCAUCACCCAAGGUUUCUCCAAUACCCAAAUUGAAACGGAAAAAAUCUGCAGAAAUUGAUAAGGUACUUGUGGACAAGACCACAGGAAUACAAAUUCUGUUGCCUAAAAACAUGUACCAUAAAGAAACGAAGAUCAAUGAAAUGAAUGAAGAAUUCAAUGAUGACGAAUAUAGACUCUCAUUGUCUCCUCACAGUGGAGAUGAACAGAAUAUAAUGGUAGACGAGAGUGAUAUUUUACAAAAUAUUGAGCUAGAAUCGGAUGAGGAGGAGAGUAUCAUUUUACAUACACGGCCAAUCCACUCAAGCAAUGUCAAGAAGAAUCAUACACCUCCUGAAAAUAAGCGAAAAUUUGAUCAUGACGACCAUUAUGUUCAAGAAUUAUCAAGUGAUGAUGAAGAUGUGGUCUUUACUGGAAGUUUUACUAGUGUGGCAGGCAGAAGAGAUUCACAAAAUCAUUCUGUCUCUAGGAAUAAGCAUUCGCAAACAAAUGACAUUGUCACACCCUUGUCUAAAAAGAUGAAACAAAGUUCUUCAACUACUGCUACCACGACGAUAAUGAUGCCAGAAAACAUUUCAGAUACAUGCGACUUGUUGGAUAUUGGUUUUUCUAUGGAAAUGCCAUCGAACCUUAAUACUAAUCACGAGGAAGAAAAUUUAUAUCCAAAAGGAUAUUCACAAAUAUCAUGGGAUGACGAUGAUGAUGAACAUGAGAAGAAGACAAAAGAUGAACCUGAAAGGAUUCUGACCACAGUAGAAGCCUCUCAACCACAAACUAGUUUUGGUGCUGCUGAGGUGACAACCUCGAAUAUCGUCAUGAACCUCUCAAACAAAGGUACUGAGCAACCAACAAUGACAACCAAUCAAUUAUUAAUACCGCAAAACAAUCUUAGAGCCAAAACAAAAAUACCUUUCAAGUUUGAUUCCUCGGGUGGAAGUCAAAACACUGGUUCUCCUCAUUCUUCGCUCUCAUCCUUAGAGUCACCUUGUACCAUUCAGAGUAUUUUCUUUUCGAAAAGUAAGAAAUAA